AUGUGGCUUCAUUCUGAUGACCAGGAGCAGGAUGAGGAGGAGGAGGAGAUGGACUAUGAAACAGAAGCAGGAGAAAGUGAUGAGGAAGAGACCGACUGUUUAUCUGAAGAGGAUUUGGGAAAAGAGGCAGGUGACCGAAAACCAGGUUUCAUUCAGAAAGUCACUACGUUCCUAGCAGGCUUGAAAAUCAUAUUUGAAGCCAUCCUGACAAGUGCUGGAAAGGUGGAAUGUGAAGAGGGCAUCCAGUCACCACCAGAAGAGCAGAGUAAGUUGGAGCUGGACACCAUGCUCUGGAUGGCAAAGAAUGAGAAGAAAAAGAUCUUUUAUGCAUUCACGUUCUGGCUAUUGCUAAGGCAGCAUAUGAUCAAAAGACGUACGGAGGAGAAGCAAGAAACUCUCACGGAAGUGACAGUGGAUGUGAAUGAAAGGGAAAUCUCGCACAAUCCUCUGCUGGAAAUAUUUGGCUCUCUGAUUAAAGGAAUGCUGGUUAAAUACUGGAUCUAUUUCUGCGCUGCCAUGUUUUCCAUUGUCAGUUUCAAUGGCAAAGUAGUGGUCUACAAAAUUCUGUACAUUAUACUCUUUCUGUUCUGUGUAGCUUUAUAUCAGGCUCACUAUGAGUGGUGGAGACGAAUUCUGAAGUAUUUUUGGCUCACCGUUGUCUCUUAUUCAAUGGUGGUCCUCAUUGCUGUGUAUGCUUACCAGUUCAAAACCAUUUCUGGGUUCUUGCUCCUGACUUUGGGACUGUCAGAGGAGGGGUUAAAAGACCUGGGUCUUGAACAGUAUGACACGGUAGAACUGUUUGCUAAGAUUCUGCUUCCUUCCACUUUUCUCCUGGCCUGCAUCCUUCAGCUUCAUUACUUUAGUGAGGAUUUUCUGAAGAUCACUGACCUGAGAAACAUUCCUAUCAAGCAUGAAUGUACUUUUGGCAGGCUGGCAGCCAAUGAACUGCAUGGUGAAAAUCAAACCACCUUGGACAAGAUAGAGAAGACAACAGUGGAUGAAAUCCUGGGAGAGGCUCAGCAGGAGAAAUCAGUGGGAGGGCCUAAUAAAUGUAGCCUGGUGAUCGACAAGUUGGCUUCUCUUCUCCUGCAGUUUUUGGAAAAGUUUCAUAAAACUCAGGUGUUAGCUUGGAGAGUCCUAGAGCUGCAUAUCCUUAAAAUUGUCUCCACUUGGAUCAUCUGGAUCACUCUCCAGGAGGUAUCUUUGAUGAAUUACCCUUUCUUCAUCCUUUGGGUGUUUGCCCUGCCCUAUCCCAAGCUCCGCCCUCAUGCAUCAAAGAUCUGCACAGUUUGGUCCUGUGUGAUGGUUAUCUGUAAAAUGAUGUACCAGUUGAAAUUCAUCAGGCCGCAUGACUACUCCUCAAACUGUAUGCAGGGGCUAUACCAGAACAGAACCUACUAUCAUGAGAGCCUGGAUGAGCUGUUGCAGAAAUCAGCGUUGUACAUUGCUCCUGUUGAUCCCGCCAAUUGGUGUGGAGGGUUACGGAAGUGCGGUGACAAUGUUUUACCCUGCCUGAAGAGCCAUCUCACCAUCUUGGUAUUAAUGGUAAUAGAAGUGACUGUGCAUCACCACCAGCUCUUCUACCGGACUCAAAACCAGCUGACGCCACCCGUUACAGGGAUCAUUUUUGAUACCAUCACCCGAGAGCACCUGGAUGAUGGGUUACUCAGCUGCAUCAAAUACUUUAUCAACUAUAGUUUCUACAAGUUUGGACUAGAGAUGUGUCUCAUCGUGGCUGUGAAUGUCAUUAAGCAGCGUAUGGAUUUCUAUGCCUUUCUCCAUGGCUGCUGGCUGAUCUACCUGCUGCACCGCCGCCGAAGGAAAGCAGUGGCUGAGGUCUGGCCGAGAUACUGCUCUUUCCUUGCCAGUGUCAUGACCUUUCAGUAUUUGCUGUGCAUUGGCCUUCCUCCUGCUUUCUGCAAAGAUUAUCCGUGGAGAACCUCUCGCUGGACAAUUCAUUCCAAUCUGAUUAAGUGGCUCUAUCUGCCUGAUUUUGCAAAGAGACCUGAUGCCAGUUUUCUCCUGUAUGACUUCCUGCUUCUGCUUUUUGCCUCCCUGCAAUGGCAGGUAUUCGAAGAUGAGAAUAAGGCUUGUGUGCGAAUAGAGGCAGGAGAUAAUGUGGAGAUCAGCCAUGAAUUAGACCCAGCUGCUCUCAGCCAGUACAGCCCUGUGCCAAACUUUAUCCACUGCAGGUCCUAUUUGGAUAUGGCUAAAGUGAUUGUGUUCGGCUAUCACUUCUGGUUUGUGCUCUGCCUGAUUUUUAUCACUGGGACAACUCAAAUCAACAUAUUCUGUCUGGGCUAUCUGAUGGCCUGUUUCUACUUCAUGCUCUUUGGAAGCAGUCUCCUUCUAAAGCCGGUCAAGAAUAUUCUCAGAUUGUGGGACUAUUUGAUUGCAUACACUGCCUUAGUUAUAGUGAUGAAGAAUCUUCUGGCUAUUGGAGCGUGUGCCUAUCUUGAUAAGUUACUGAGAAAUCAUUGCUGGCUAAUACAGACCUUUGGCAUGUUCUGUACUAUACCGGGGUAUGACUUGGCUCUUCCUGAGGACGAGAAAUGCGAGCUGCCUGAAAAUGAAGCAGGGGUUGUUUGGGACGCGAUAAGUUUCACUUUCUUGCUGGUCCAGCGGAGAGUCUUUGUGAGCUAUUACUUCCUCUACGUAGUGGCAGAUCUGAAGGCUGCCAAGAUCUUAGCUUCCAGAGGAGCUGAACUGUUUGAAGUGAAGCUGAAAAAAGUUGUGGUGCUCAGAUUGGAGGAAGAGAAAAAAUCAUUACAAGCCAUGAAAAGACAAAUGGAACUAAUCAAAUUGAAGCAGAAGAAACUUGACAAUUUGAAGCAGAAGACACCAAGCCCAGAAGAAACAGCUGUGGAUCAAGCCGCCAAAGAGCAGCAGCUGCUAGAUCUAGAGGAGGGCGGCAAGAAGGAAAACGAGGACAAGAAGAUAUGGUGGCAACCCUGGGUGACCCACGCCUCCAUGAUUCGAGCUGGGAGCUACUACCUUUUUGAGACAGACAGUGAGGAAGAAGAGGACCAAGGGCACACAGAAAAGAGGGAGGAAGAAUCACCAAAGAAGAAAACAGCAUUCCAGCUUGCAUAUGAAGCCUGGAUGUCCAGCUCUAAAUCAGCUCUAAGAACAAGAAAACAAGAUGAAACCAGAGAGCAGAGGAAGAAAGAGGAGGAGGAGCAACUGCGACUGACAGAAGAGGUGAAGUUGGAAUUCCAUGAAGAGAAAGGGGAGAUAUCAGUCACUGAAGAGAACCUAGAUGAGCCAGAAAGUAUAAUUGAAAGGAUAAUCAAUACAGUCAAGUUUACUUGGGUCUUUGUUCAAGCAUUGCUAGAUGAUACUACAGAGGCACUGAACUCUCUCUGUAAAAAUAACCUGGACAUAGCAAAUGUGCUGAGAAUUGAAAGGUGCAUGCUAUGGCGAGAAAUUAAUAAGGGAAAAGAGGCCUCGCCAGACACAAUUCUCCAAUAUUACAACCUGAAGAAGACUCAGCAAGUGCAAGCAAAUCCUUAUGGAGGAAAUAAAAUGAAAGGCACAUGGGAGGAUCAGCGUGAAGACACAUCAGAGUGCCAGCAGAUACCCAGGGGGGGAACCCAGCUACCUCAUGAGAGCAGUGCAUCCAGGACACCUGAUGAAGUUGCUGAGGAAAUUAAUGGAGAUGAGGCAGGACAGAAGGUGGAAGAUGACGACAGCGUCAAAGAAGCUGCCCCAGAAAUGACCACUCCACUUCCUUCCUGUGAAACAAAAGAUUAUGCAGUUUCCCCAUCAGCUGAGAGGAGCAAAGAAGCAGGCAGGCCAUUAAAUGAAGUUCCUGUUAUCAUGACUGCCAGUGAGCUGCUUCUAAACAGGAUGUUUCAUGACAAUGAACUGGAGCAGUCAGACAAGUUUUAUCAGAGUCUGCCUCGAUCCCUGAAGUUGGGCUUUGCUUUGUGCAAUGCGAUGGUGUCCAAGUCAGAAAUGCUCUGUUAUUUUGUCAUCAUUCUCAACCACAUGGUCUCUGCUUCUGUCCUCACUUUGAUUCUGCCCAUCCUUAUAUUCCUGUGGGCCAUGUUAUCCAUUCCAAGGCCUAAUAAAUUCUUCUGGAUGAUGGCUAUCGUUUAUACAGAGGUAACAAUAGUUGUCAAAUAUUUUGCUCAGUUUGGAUUCUUUCCCUGGACCACUAAGUUAUACUGCGGCAUCAAUUCAGAAGAGCCAUUUGUUCUGCCGAACAUUGUUGGGAUUGAGAAGAAGGAUGGCUAUGUGCAUUUUGAUCUUGUGCAGCUGCUGGCUUUGUUCUUUCACAGGUCUAUCUUGAAGCGCCAUGGACUCUGGGAUUCCAACCGUGUCAAUAUGUCUGAUUCCAAGAAAAGGAGAUUUUCUACGAGGCAAAAGAACCAGGAGUCCAGAGGUGGCCUGCAGGAAGAGGAGCCUGGAUCGGGGGCAUGGCACCUUUUCAGACAUCACAAUCCCUCAGGGAGUGUCUUCAGAGGAAGGAAGACAGUCUCCGUUAACAGAGGCAAGACUCAGAAGAACGAAGCCAGGAAGAAAUGGAGGCUUUUUAGAAAGAGUCCCAUCAGCAAGAAGAAACUUCUUAAGAAAAAGAUGAAACAACUGAUAUUGAAAGCAAAGAAGCUGGUGAUUAAAAUUGUCCUUCAAAUCUAUCGACCUAUCAGGCAGUUCUUCUACGACAUUAUUCAUCCGGAGUACAGCCCCGUCUGUGAUGUCUAUGCACUGAUGUUCCUGGUUGACGUGAUCAAUUUUAUAAUUGUUAUCUUUGGAUACUGGGCUUUUGGCAAACACUCAGCAGCUGCUGACAUAACUGAAUCCCUGUCGGAAGACCAGGUCCCUGAAGCCUUCCUGGUGAUGCUUCUGAUUCAGUUUGGCACCAUGGUAGUGGACCGGGCCAUUUACUUGAGGAAGACUAUGUUUGGGAAGUGUGUAUUCCAGGUUGUCCUUGUCUUUGGCAUCCACUUCUGGAUGUUCUUCAUCUUGCCAGGUGUUACUGAAAGGAGAUUUAAGAGAAACCAUGUGGCUCAGCUUUGGUACUUGGUCAAAUGUGUUUAUUUUGGCCUGUCCGCUUAUCAGAUCAAAUGUGGUUAUCCGAAUCGGGUCCUAGGCAACUUUCUGACAAAGAGUUACAAUUUCGUAAACCUUUUCCUAUUCCAAGGGUUUCGUAUGGUGCCUUUCCUUACCGAGCUGAGAGCUGUCAUGGACUGGGUUUGGACUGACACCACACUGAGUCUUUCCAGCUGGAUAUGUGUGGAGGAUUUAUAUGCAAAUGUUUUCAUUAUGAAAUGCCUGAGAGAGUCUGAGAAGAAAUAUCCUCAGCCUUCUGGCCAGAAGAAGAAAAUGAUCGUGAAGUAUGGAAUAGGGGGCUGCAUUGUCUUUAUAUUGGUCUGCAUUGUGUGGUUCCCACUGCUUCUUAUGUCACUGGUUAAAUCUGUGGCAGGAGUAACCAAUCAGCCCCUGGAUGUCUCAGUCCAAAUUACCAUUAGCGGUUACGAGUCAUUAUUCACCAUGAGCUCUCAGCAGAGGAAUCUGAUCCCUUUCUCUCCAGCAGCUUAUAACGAGCUGGCUAAUCAAUAUGCCCUUCACCCGUCUGCCAUGCAGUUUAUAGUGAACUACGGCCCAGAGGACAUCGUCACUGCUAAAAUAAAGAGCAAUGCCAGCUUGCUGUGGAGCAUCAGUCCUGCCAGCCGAGAGACCAUGAUGGACGAGCUCUCCAACUCAGCUGCUGUUUACAUCAACUUUCACUGGACCAUUCUCAGGAAUGCUUCUCUGGUGAAGAAUGUGGAAGCAUCUGGCAAGCACACCGUGCGGUACGAAGAGAAGGAGAUAAGAGAACAAAUUGUUCAAAUGCUGAAUGGGACCCGGAAAGAGCCAAUACUGCUUCCCGGCGUGGUACCAAGAUACCUCAGGGCUACUGCGGGAGCAGAAGCUAAAACUGCACAUCGAUUGCAAGUUGCUCAUUCUCAUAAACCACAAGAUGUAGACAAAAUGGCUUUCUUCCGAAACAUAACCAUAAAACUACAGCAGCUGGCCAUCAACUCGUCUUCCAGCCAAGUUACUGAGUGGUGGGUUAUUCAAGAGUGGAAUCCUACCUGCUCUGGUAGUGCUUGCAGCAAGAAUAUGGAGCUUAUCAUCUACAAUGACAAAGUCAGCCCUUCCAGCCUGGGAUUCCUGGCAGGCUACGGCAUUGUUGGCCUCUAUAUGUCUGUUGUCCUCGUUAUUGGGAAGUUUAUCCGAGAGUUCUUCAAUGGCAUCUCCCGUUCAAUAAUGUUUGAAGAGCUGCCCAACGUGGACCGCAUCCUGAAACUCUGCAUGGACAUCUUCCUGGUGAGGGAGAUUGGGGAGCUGGAGCUGGAGGAACAACUCUUUGCCAAACUCAUUUUUUUGUACAGAUCUCCUGAAACUAUGAUCAAGUGGACUAGAGAGUCAAAGGAACAAUGACAGGACAAAGGUUUGUUUAGUGAAAAUCAGGCCUAGGAAGCAAGCUAUUGUUAUGGGCUGCUCCAGAAGCAAAUAUAACAUUCAGGAACGGGAGAUGCUGUGAGCAUCUCCUCUCCAUUGGCGUAUUUUCACCUUAAGCUUUUCCAAAAGUUCCUCACCAAAAUGUAUCAUGUUUAGGCAGCAAGUGUACUUUUCAGGCCAGUGACUUCCCUUUGCUCAAUCAGUGAAGACCUAGUAUUGAUCCCCUACAGACUUCAUCCCACAAUCAUGGGUGCAGAGAGCUUGGACCAAGUCCACCUGAUUUUAUCUGCAAAGCAGCUAGAAACUUCCUCACAGAAACUUCUAAUCAGCCUCUGAGCAACUGCAGCUUGGGCUAACCAAGCUGAGCACCAUUAAUGGCUGAAGAUAAAUUAUAAGGAGGAAAUUUUAAUCGGGCUAAUUUACAAGAGUCUAGGUUCAAAUGCAAGAUUUUAAAAAAACACUUAAAGGGGUGCUAGGACAUGGGUAAUGAGGCUUCCAGUGC